ACCUUGAUAUCUACCCAUACUCCAACAUAAUGAACCCGGAAUACGAUUAUCUUUUCAAGCUUUUGCUAAUUGGCGAUUCAGGUGUUGGCAAGUCUUGCUUGCUUCUUCGUUUUGCUGACGAUACCUACACAGAAAGCUACAUUUCAACCAUUGGUGUUGACUUCAAAAUCCGCACUAUCGAGUUGGAAGGAAAGACUGUGAAGUUGCAAAUCUGGGAUACUGCUGGUCAAGAGCGUUUCCGAACCAUCACUUCCUCCUACUACAGAGGUGCUCACGGUAUCAUCGUUGUCUACGAUGUCACAGACCAAGAAACCUUCAGCAACGUUAAGCAAUGGUUGCAGGAAAUUGAUAGAUAUGCCGCUGAAGGAGUCAACAAGCUUUUGGUUGGUAACAAGAGUGAUCUUGCAGAUAAGAAGGCUGUCGACUAUAAUGCUGCUAAGGAAUUUGCUGAUUCACUUACCAUCCCGUUCUUGGAAACCUCCGCCAAGAACUCCACCAAUGUUGAACAAGCUUUCUUGACUAUGGCGAAGCAAAUCAAAGAUAGAAUGGGCAGCGCUACGGUGCAGGCACAGCAAGGCUCCAAAUCUACUGUCAAGGUUGGACCCGGCGCUUCAGUCCAACCACAACAAGGCGGCGGCUGCUGUUAAACUGCGAAUUGUUUGCGACUCCGUUUUUUUUCUUUAAAUAUGAUAUAUUCUCUGCCUUACAAAUGGGUGAAUACUCUUGGGGAUUCUAUUAAACACUUUAGCAACUUGUAAACCGUGUCUUUUUUUUCCGCAGAAACAUAACACGCUUCUUAUAAACCCCUUUAUUAUGAGAAUGAUUUGCUUUACA